AAAUUGAAGGUGUGGCGRUAUACGGGCCAACGUCCUUCGGCCAUUUCCUGAUAGAGAGUUUCGUGUUUCUGGCCGAGAUCAACCUUAGAAUUGCUAUAUUUUCGUGAGAUACAUUUUUCUAUUCAAUAAUGGCAGCUAUACGUAAAAARCUGGUUAUCGUAGGUGAUGGUGCUUGUGGUAAAACUUGUCUCUUAAUCGUAUUUUCCAAAGAUCAAUUUCCAGAAGUAUAUGUUCCUACAGUAUUUGAAAAUUAUGUUGCCGACAUCGAAGUGGAUGGAAAGCAAGUUGAGCUGGCUUUAUGGGAUACAGCAGGCCAGGAAGAUUAUGACCGACUACGUCCUCUGUCUUAUCCUGACACUGAUGUCAUACUUAUGUGUUUCUCAGUUGACAGUCCUGACAGUUUAGAGAACAUCCCUGAGAAAUGGACACCCGAGGUCAAGCAUUUCUGCCCAAAUGUCCCUAUCAUUCUUGUUGGAAACAAGAAGGAUUUGAGAAAUGACGACAAUACCAAACGAGAACUAGCGAAGAUGAAACAAGAACCAGUUAAAUAUGAAGAUGGUAGAGCAAUGUCAGAAAAGAUUGGUGCUUUUGGAUAUAUGGAAUGUUCUGCUAAGACCAAAGAAGGUGUCCGAGAUGUAUUUGAAACUGCAACAAGAGCUGCUCUCCAAACAAAGAAAAAGAGGAAAGCGAAGUGUGUGCUUGUGUAAUUGAGCCGUUACUGUAGUACAUAUGGACUUGUUUGAACUUUGUACAUGACUUCUUUAACAACAGACAUUGCGGUCGAUGGAAUAAAAGUUUUAAAGUCAUUCUAGUCCAGCAAAUAUUCUUUCAUAACRAUUGCAGCAUUUGAACACAAUCAAAGGAUUUGGCAUCKGAAUUGUCUUCAAAUUUCCUAUGCAAUGUAGAUUUCUAUCAUUGCUAUAAUUAAACUAAUAAGUGUAUUUUUUUUUCGUUACAAAAAUUAUUGAACACUAACUUCCCCAAACAAAUUCAGCAAUACAAUUCAGUAUUUUAAAUAGCAUAUCUUUCAGAUUUGUAAAAAAAUAAGAUAGUUGAAAUUAGAAGCUCUGUCACUAUUUGCAAGUCGUUAGGUCAUUCUUUGGUGAGAUAAUCUAUAGUUUAUCUGUUUCUCCUAAACCUUUUUAUAUUUUUGUCAAUUUGAAUGAGACUUCCACCUUAGUGUUAUUAUAGAGAUGUAGCUAAUGCCRUAUUAUUAUAAUGUGAAAUAUUUUUCCCUAAAAAUUGUUUGUUAAUAUUGAUGAAUGAAUUAUCUUGUUUUCCAGCCCAUCAAUAAAUAGAUAAUUAAUAAAGAAAAAGGUGUUUGUA